AUGGCGUCCUCGUUCGAUGAGAUCUUCUCCCGACCGCACCACGAGUUUGAAUGGAAGGAGAACGUCACGCCGCUCGCGAGCGCGCGCGUCGUCGCGUGCGUCGUCGUCGCCUACGUCCUCGCCGCGAUCUGGCUGAAGCGAUCGAUGCGCGGGCGCAAAAUCAAAUCGCUGUGGGUGAUCCCUUCCGCGCACAACGCGAUCUUAUGCUUCUGGAGCCUCGCCAUGUUCAUCGGGACGGCGGUCGCGAUGAAGAAAGAGCUGAUCAAGCGUAAGGGCGACGCCGAUUGGAUGCUGUGCUUCGACCCGCGGACGUACAAGAGCGCCAAGGGGUCGCUGUUCUACUGGAGCUACGUCUAUUACUUAAGCAAAUUCUACGAGCUCCUGGACACCGCGCUCCUCGUCUUGAAAGGCCGCCCGCUGACGUUCCUGCACGUGUUUCACCACGCGCUCGUGCUCGUGAUGACAUACCUCUGGCUCUCGAGCGUGCAGAGCCUCCAGCACGUCGCGCUGUUGACGAACACCGCGAUCCACGUCGUGAUGUACGCCUACUACUUCCUCACGACGCUCGGAUUUCGCCCGCGGUGGAAGGCGCUGCUCACCAGGGCGCAGAUCGUUCAGUUCGUCUUCUCGUUCGCGUGCUCCGUGCCGUUCGUCAGGAUGCAUCGCGCGUCGAAGCGCGGGUGCCGCGGGUACGACGCGUGGUGCUUCAACGCGUUCUUCAACGCCGCGUUGCUCGCGUUGUUUAUUCAAUUUUCGAGAAGGACGUAUCGUACUAAUAAUAAGGACGCCGCGGGGGGGAAGAAGACGCGCGCCGGGGGGGCGACGGGCGACGGGGGGCGGGGGGAGUGGGGCGCGAUCGCGGCCGCGGCCGCGGCACCGACGGCGUCCGGGUCCGGGUCCUCCGCGAGGCGCCGGCGGUGA